AUGGACGCCAAUUUCACUAACAUUUACUACGAUUAUGCACGUCAGCGAGUGAUGUUCGAUGCGGAUGCACAGGUGAAUGACCCUGUAUACGCUCCGCAAGGGUAUUUGCAAGCGUUUGAUGUAUGUCCGAUCCCAAUCAGUAUGGAGUGGAAUUUGGGACCUGCAGAGUCUUCGAUGGCCCAGAAUGCGCCUGCAUCAACUCCGAGUCUCAUCUACGGUCCAUAUCACGCUGUGAACUCUGCCGCCUAUCCUCCUGCGCUCGCUCAGGGUAAUGCCGCCCAUGCCCAGCGGCCAACCAACAUCGUGCAAACCGUUCAGUUGGCUGCAUCCGACCAUCUAGCCCCUAGCUUCGGCGGGCCUGCUCUAGUAGGACAGAGCACGGCGGCCCCGACUCCCUCGCUACUCGUUCCUUUCAAGGAGAGCAAUGUCCCAGUGUUCAUGAAUUUUCCACAACCGGCCCCGUUGCUAGCAACACCUGUUCGCCCAACAGCGAGCUGCUCCCCAUCCUCUGCGCUGGCCCCUUCACCGGUCCCCGCCACACCUCAAUAUACUCUUACUCCUUCCUUCUCGCCCCACGACUCUGAUCUGUCGAUUGUCCCCACCCCGAAUCUCUCGCAGAACUCACACCUUGGAGACUUGGCACCAGAUGCUGUUAUUGUGCACGCACAGUUGGGUGAGAGGCUGAGAAAGCCUGUGUCGACAAGCGGUGAUCCGACAGUCGCCGAUUCAAUGCUCUUCUCAAGCGAUGUUCCCAAAUCAGUGCUCUUCGAGCCUGUUGCUUUCGCGCACUGGGGUACAGGUUGCGCCAGUAUCCAGCCCAUUGUUCAUUUAGACUCCCCGCCUCAAGUGGCCCCACCCGAAGUGCCAGUUGUGACGGGUGUCGCCUCGCUCGCCGCCGUCCCUGACAAAGGCCGGUUGAUCGACGAAGGUAUCAACGAGUUCUGUACCAAAUCUUUCCCCGAGAACUCGGCCCUACAAGCGGAGCUGGGACGGAUUAUGGUUUCACCAUGGCAUCCCAACCUACCCGCCGGUUUCCCAGCGGUGCAGCGAAGAACAGCCAUCUCCGCCGGGGGUCCUCCAUCUGCGAAAGGUGUCGUUAUCCGACAAGUGUUCGGAACAUCAGCCGACACAUGCAAACUGCGAAGUGUCGCCAGCGCGCGAUGUUACUUGGUGCCCAAGAUUUGGGCACAGGUGACAGCUACCGAGCAUCUCCCAAGAGAAGGUAAUCGAUAA